GAGAGGGAGGGGAAAAGGAGAGAGGAAGCAAUUUUUGCGAUAAGUUUUUUUUCUUUCGAAAACAAACUUGUAGAAAAGGUAGAGGGGGAGAAGGGACGAUUGGGGAGGGGGUAAAGAGGGGCACGCUGAUGAAGAUACAAAGACUUAGAAUGAAACAGAGCUCGGGAAAAGAGGGAAGAACAAAACAAAAGUAACUUCACACUCACAGUAUACUAUGGCUGAUGACAGCAUUAAAAAUUAAUACUGCUUGAGGCCUGGGGCCUGUCUACAAGAAAAAAGUUCCUUGGGAGAAAAUGGCCUCUGACUUGGACUCCAGUUUGACCAGUAUUGACUGGCUCCCCCAACUGGGAAUUAGUGGUCUGCGAUCUGGGAGAGAAAGAGGAGAAAAAGAGGUGAAGAAAGAGCGAGGCAGAGAAAGAGAAGUUUCCACACCAACCUUGCCAUCUUCUUCCUCUCCUUCGAAAGGAAAGCCCCCCCAUAGCUAUGCUACCCUCAUCGCCAUGGCAAUAGAGGCAGCCCCAGAGAGGAAGCUGAGUUUAAAUGACAUUUAUACCUGGAUCAGUGAACAGUUCCCUUAUUAUAGUAGGGUUGGGAGGGGUUGGAAGAAUUCUAUUCGGCACAACCUUUCACUUAAUAAAUGCUUCCGGAAAGUUCCCAGACCUCCAGGUGAUCCUGGAAAGGGAUCCUAUUGGACGAUGGACAAACAACCAGAGCAUGUUACACCUCCUCAGUUAAGAGGAACCAAACGUCCUCAUUCCCCAGAAGAGGAAAAGGUUCAGAUUCCCCAACAGUCUGUGUUAAAGGAAGAGAGAGUGAUAUCGACAACAGAGACUAUUCCAACGCAAGCAACUUACAGAGACUCAUUGUCUUCCCCUUUGCCGAAGCAACCUCCACCCCCUCUCCCCUCCCUGAUCCCUCCUGCCUCCCUCCCCCCACACACCCACACCUCCACCGAACCAUCCCUCCGGUUCUCCUUUGCUGACCUCAACCUGCCAGACCUCUACACCUCCUUCCAAUCUCUGUGCAGGACAGUGAGAGGGAGGGUAACCUCACAAUCGGAUACUGCUCAAGCUAUCGGGGCACCUGGUGACAGUGCCCCCCUCCACACUCCGACCCUCCUCCCGCUCUCACCUCACCCCUGCCCUCCUGAAUCAGAAAAAUCUGCCCCCAGCAAUGUGUUACCAGCAGAUUGGUUCAGCACCACAGACUCUCUGAAGGAGAGUUUCCAAUUCGCCACCAAUUUGGAUUGGACUAAUAUUGAUCUUUCGAAUUAUCCAGACUUGCUGGAGAGCAUGCGUCAGGCGGAGCUAUGUGAUUGGGCCCUGGAUCCUACACUCUUCACCUCUCUUUGUGAUUCGCUGAACCGUUUCUUUACACAGAAGGGCCUCAUAGGCUCUGCCCCCAGCCACAACCUUCCUCUGCCUCCUUCUGUCACGCCUUCUGUUCCUCUCCUGCCCUCUACCCCUCCCUCUCUAUCCAACCUGACUCACCCCUCCCCAAUCACCUUUCCACCCCCACAGCCUCCUUCUACCAGCAGCCCUCUUCUCCAGGCCCCCAGAAGAGCACUGCCAUCCCAUCAUGCUCUGCAAAGGCUUCCCACAACUCAGCUGGCCCACAAUUCACCUGUACCAACCAACCCAGCUGUCCAGUCUCAACCUCUGACCACAAGGGACCGACCCCCAAUAAAGAAUCUCCAUAGCAACAGUGAGGAGAUCCAGGAUGACUUUGAUUGGGAUUCACUGAUUGUUUGAAAAGUAACAGUGUGGUUUUUAUACAGUGUUAACAUAUUCAGACUGAACUAGACACUACAGUCCGUUUACACUGAUAUGUACGCAAAAACACGAGACAUGCAUUAACUGCACUGAGAAAGAGAAGCUGUUUGUUACUAAACGUCCUUUUAUUGACUGAAAUGUUUCACAGGCUCAUAGAAAAAUGGUUGAGGGGUUUCCACUCUUUUCUGUCUCACUGUAUUAGUUAACAUAGAUUUAAAUGCCUUUCUAAAAAUAGCACAUUUAUGCACUAUUACAGCGACAUACGGAUAUGUAUCCACAGUAAACUUUUUCAAUAUUCUAUCUUUUUGUCCUGUUUCAUUUUUCAUAUUUCAAUA